AAAUACCCGUCACUUAUGACCAUGACCUGAAUAUCAUCAAAUCGGGAGGCGUAGAAUUCAUCGGAGUGGAGACUUCGAAAGCCCCUCUUCGGCAAUCCAGCCACAGUGAUCCCCUUCUUGAAACCUGUGAGUUCAUCCAUUACGAUAGCCCUGAGAACGAAUAUGAUUUGGAUAAAUCUUUGAAUAUCGCAUUAGAGAUCAUCUCACAGAACACCACUGGACUGAUUAAGCAAAUCAAAAUAUGCGAGGUCGCACCUAGCGAUACGGACGAACUACACAAAAAACUAGCAGAAAAAAUCAAUAGACUAAUACUAGCUGAGGUUGACACUUGCAAAUGUGAACCACAUGAGAUAAACUCCGAGUAUGAUGUGAUAGCUCUCUCGAAUGAAGUGGACAUCAAGUUGGAAUCUCUCGCAGAACAUCUAACCACUACUGGCUUCAUCCUUUAUAAGGGAUCUUACAGAGAGGACCAAACUUCCACUUUGCAAAUCAUUUUCAGAUCAACAGCCGGUGAAGAUGGCCUCUUCUUGCUCAGGCCCCGCUUUGAGUUUCCUGCGAACUACGCCGUGGUCAACAUCCGCAACUCUGACUUCGAUUGGUUGGACAAGCUGAAAGCUUUAUUGAAAACUGAAGAAGGCAAAGUAGUUUAUCUCUUCAGCCAAGGGGAGGAAAUGAAUGGGAUCAUGGGUUUGAUGAAAUGUUUACUUGCUGAACCGAGUUUGCUCACGUUCAGAGCUAUUUUUGUGGAUCAGGAAACCGAUACGUUUUCUAUAGACGACGAUUUUUAUCGAGAGCAACUCAAGAAAAAUCUCACCUUCAAUAUAUUGAGGAAUAACGAUUGGGGUACUGUCGUCCAUUUGCCUCUACUGCAAGUAGAGCAGAAACCAGUUGGGAAUGCGGCGUUGGGUAUUUCGUCGGUUGGUGAUCUGUCCACACUCAAUUGGGAAGAGAGGCCCCUGUCGUCGAUAAAAAUCUUCAAUGACUCGGAGCUGAUAUAUAACUUCUACUGUGCUCUCAACUUCAAAGAUGUCAUGAUAGCGAGCGGCAAACUCCAUAUAACAGAUGACAUCAACAUACCGACUGCUCCUGAUAUUAACAUCGGUCUGGAAUACUCUGGCAUCACGGACUCUGGAAGAAGAGUUAUGGGUUUAUUGGGAUACGAAGCUAUGUCUUUGCAGGUGCAGAGUGAUCCCGCUUUCCUCUGGGAUAUCCCGGACAGCUGGAGUUUGAGAGACGCCGCUACGGUUCCUUGCGUUUAUGCUACGAGCUAUUAUGCGUUAAUCGUCAAAGGAAAAAUGGUACCGGGAGAGUCCAUAUUGAUUCAUGCGGGAACCGGAGGCGUCGGAAUGGCCUCCAUUUGGAUUGCUCUCAGUAUGGGUUGCAAAGUAUUCACUACGGUCGGCAGCCAGGAGAAGAGAGAUUACAUCAAGAAAAUGUUUCCCAAAUUGGAGGAUAGAAAUAUUGGAAACUCAAGAGACGCCUCUUUUGAAAAAAUGAUUAUGAAAAAUACCAAAAGAAGGGGCGUAGAUCUGGUACUGAACUCACUGUCGGGAGAAUUAUUCCAAGCUUCGUUGAGAUGUGUUGCAAAACACGGGCGAUUCCUGGAAAUUGGAAAAGUGGAUUUAUCCAAUGGAACCCUGAUAGAUUCCAAAGUAUUUUUGAGGAAUUGUAGUUUCCAUUCUGUACAACUGAACGAGUAUAUAAAUUCUAAAUCUUUAUGUAAAAAAGAAUUACAUAAUCUCGUUAAAGAAGGAAUAUCAUAUGGAGUGGUCAAGCCCUUACCAAGUACAGUCUUCAGUGAAACAGAAGUAGAAGAAGCCUUCAGAUUCCUGUCGUCCGGUAAACACAAAGGAAAGGUUUUGAUUGAAGUGAGAAAAGAAAAUCCGGCCACCUUAAGAUCUCCAUGUAGAAAAAUGACGGCCAUUCCGAAAAUAUAUUUUGAUCCCAAUAAAACAUAUAUUUUGAUAGGUGGAUUGGGGGGUGUAGGCCUGGAAAUGGUACAUUGGCUGGUUAGUAAAGGAGCAACCAAAAUCAUUUUGAAUUCCAGAAGGACCAUUAGCACUGGUUAUCAGUCGUAUUGCUUCAAGAAAUGGUCCCAAUACAAGGAUGUGAUCAUCGAUAUCAGCACAGAUGAUACAACGACAAUCAAGGGAGCUACAGAACUCAUCACCAAAGCUGAAAAACUCGGACCUGUUGGAGGUAUUUUCAAUUUGGCACUUGUUCUGAGGGACGCGAUGUUACUAAAUCAAACCAAGAGUAAUUUUGAGGAUGUAUUCCGUGUGAAGAUCGUUUCGGGACAAAACAUGGAUAUUGUUUCACGUGAACGUUGUAAAGAACUCGACCAUUUUGUAGUAUUUUCGUCAAUUGCUUGUGGAAGAGGAAAUAUUGGUCAGGUUAAUUAUGGAAUGGCCAAUUCGGCAUUGGAAAGGCUUUGCGAAAAGCGAAGACGAGAAAAUCUUCCAGGUUUAGCCAUUCAAUGGGGCCCCAUAGCAGACGUUGGAAUUCUUGAAAGGGCCGGCGUUGAUGACAAGAUUUUCAAUUAUCUCGUACCCCAGAACAUCACUUGCUGUUUCAACUCUAUGGAAAAGUUUAUGAUACAAUCAACCAUCGUUGGUUCUAGUACUGUAUUAGCAGACAGAAGUGGAAAGUCUACAAUGCGUGUUACAAGAAGCCCUGUCGAAGCUGUAGCCCAUAUCAUGGGGAUCAAGAAUUUAGAUUUGGUCGAUAAGUCGCUCACUCUCUCUGAGUUAGGACUUGAUUCGUUGAUGUUGGCCGAAACAAAACAAACUUUAUACAGGAACUAUCAGAUUGAACUUGAAACUGAUGAAAUUAGGGACUUGACGCUAGAACACUUGAUAUCUUUGGGAAUCGAGAAGAACGAAGCCAGUACUCCUGAGAACCCAGGCAAAAUAGAAGAAUAUGUUUACCCCCAAAAAAGGAACAUUAUGGUAGUAGAUGAAGGCGUAGUGAAGUUGAAAAAUUCUAAAGCCUUUAAGAAAAAUGUAUUCCUUCUCCAUCCUAUUGAAGGUAGCAUCAAUGACCUCAUACCUAUAGCAAAAGACAUAAAAGCCAACGUCUAUGGAUUACAAGACGCCAAAGAUAAUGAGUGUGAUAACAUUCCGAACAUUGCUAGGUCUUACAUAAAGCAUGUGAAAAACAUACAACCGAAAGGUCCUUAUCUCUUCUGUGGUUACUCAUUUGGUGGGGUAUUGUCGCUUGAGAUGGCUAAUCAACUGGAAAGCGAAGGAGAAGUUGUUGACAUCGUGUCUAUAGAAGGAUCAACCCAAUUCGUCAAAAAUACUCUAGAACCAGGUUUCGCCAGGGUUGGUAAAUCGGUAGACAAAGCCAAAUUAGCUAUUUUGGGAUCGUUCUGCUCUUACUUCCCUGAAGUGAGCCAACAAGAAGUUAUUGCUUGCUUAUCGGGAUCACAGAGCUUUGAAAGCAAACUUCAGGACGCCAGUAAAUUGAUAUCUAAGAAAACAGGCAUCGAUAGUAAUGAAAUUGCUAUGUCUCUAAUAAAAUAUGAAAGAAGGUGUGCAGCUGCAUAUCAUUAUGAACCAAAGAGUAUAUUCAAAGGAAAAAUUGUGCUGAUAAGGAGAGUCAAUAACCCAUUUGAAAAAUCAGAACACUACGGACUACAAAAGCAAUGCCAGCAGCCUGUUUCUAUCAUCAAAUUGGAAGGAAAUCACGAGACAUUAGUCAAAGGUGACAAUAUUCCAAAGAUUUCAGGAAUCCUCAACGAUUUUUUCACACUUCCUUAGAAAUUAAUGUUAAUAAUAAUAAAUAAGAAGUAUCAUGAAA